GUUUAUGACGCUUCAAUCGAUUGGUCCUACGUGAUAACAAAUGCAUAUUUUAUUUACAUCACAUAGCCUUUCAUAGUAUGAAAAGGUGGAACAGCUGAGUCAGGAUGAGUGCACUAUCUAUCCUGGCGGAGGAGUGUGAGUUGCUGAAUGACUCUAAAUACAGGGCCUACAUCACACAAGUGGACAAAGCCCUCCGCAGCUUUGAGAACACCAGUGAGUGGGCAGAUCUCAUCUCUGCUCUAGGGAAACUAAACAAGGUCUUGUUGGGACAUGUCAAGUUUCCUGUUAUUCCUAAGCGUGUCACAAUAGGAAAACGACUGGCCCAAUGUCUUCAUCCUGCCCUUCCGAGUGGCGUUCACCUUAAAGCUCUUGAGACCUAUGACAUCAUCUUCAAAUGUAUUGGUACCCAGAGGCUUGCUCAGGACCUGUUUAUAUACAGUGCUGGACUAUUUCCCUUACUGGGCCAUGCAGCGAUGAGUGUAAAACCCACCCUACUAACAGUGUAUGAGCGUCACUUCAUUGGUCUAGGCAGGCACAUCAAGCCAGGCCUUAAUGGUCUGCUCCUUGGACUUCUCCCGGGAUUGGAUGAAGGAGCUGAGUAUUAUGAUAGGACAAAUGGCCUGCUUGAGGAUUUCUGUGAGUCAGCAGAGCCCGAGUAUUUCUAUACCUGUAUGUGGGAGUGUGUUAUGUCCUGUCCCAGUGUUCGUUUGCCCGCCAUCACCUUCCUCCUAGCACACUACAACAAGAAACAAACAAUGGAGGACCAGAUCUACAUGAUGGGACUCAACAUCGACCUCAUGGUUGAGGCUAUGUGCAGUGCUGCCCAGGACUCUGUCGUUCUGGUACAGAGGAUACUGCUCGACUUUCUACUCAUUGCCUUUCCCAUGCGUAAUGGUCAGCUCACCAAGGCUGACAUGGCCAAGAUUGUUAAGUCUGUCAUCAACGUGGUACUACGCAGGGACAUGUCGCUCAACCGCCGCUUAUAUGCCUGGCUUCUUGGCACGGGAGCGAACAGUUCUGGCAACAUCAGCCGUCAGACAGCUGACAAGUCGAAGCAGUUACGUAAGGACAGCAUGACCAGCGGUAGUGAAAUUGAUCUCCUGUAUUUCCGCACACACUCGAAGGAUCUCCUGAUACAUGCUCUCAAACAGAAACUCUCCGACGCCAGCGAGGAUGAGAACUUUGUUACCAAACAUGGGGGAAAGUCUGCAUUAGUGCUGAAACCUUUCAGGAUAUUGAUGAGUCUGUUAGACAAGCCUGAAAUAGGACCAGUCAUUUUAGAAAGUGUUCUUUUGUCUGUGUUUCGGUGUCUGUACAGAGAGACAGGUUUACUGCAUUCCAAGUAUAAAACAAACACUGAGUUAGGAACAGAAGGGGCUGAAGAUACAUUAAAACAGAGUAAAAGUAAUUUAAAUCCUGAGUCUAAGACUUACGGAGAGCUGAUUAAGACUGCUAACUUACUGUUUGGGACUUUUGAGCCAUACUUCAUUUGGGACUACAUUGCCAGGAUGUUUGAGGAAUCGUGUCAGAAAAUGGCGAGUGGUGAAGGACAGCUUCUGCAACGCCAGAGGUCUGUGAUGGAGAGUGACAUUCCUUCUCUGUCAGAACUCUGCACACUUGUCAACUACCUACUGGAAGUCAUCUCACUGGAGACUUUUCUGGAGACUCAGACAGAACAUCUGCCAGAUCUGUUGUACCGGGUAACGACGACCUUGACCAGUCACUGUACAAAGAUCAAGGAGACGGACAUCAAGUGUACAUUACAGCUAUGUAUCAAGCUCCUGGCCAAGGUCCAGCCCUCCAUGGAUGUCCUAGGUCUGGACACCACCAGCACUGAUGGAGUAAGUCUCAGAACUGACCAAACAUAUGGUCAGCAACUACUUCAUAAGAAACUUCCAUUGGUAUUUGAAGGAUACAGUGUGAGCAGUAUGUCUCAUCAAAGUGAUCAUUUGGACGGUCACAAAAAGUCGCAGACACCUGAAGCGAGGAGCAACAAGGAUAUCUCUGAUGACAGUUGUAAAGACAGACUUAUCAAUGGGAGUGGUGGUGUGAAUGGGCAUCUCGUUAAUGAUGAACCCACAACACAAUCUGAUCAGAGGCACAAGGACAUGGAUGAAACUGAGCCAAAUUGUGUUGAUGAUAAAAAUAUUUUGGAGGAAAAUGGAUGUGUGGUGUCAACGGAAAAUGGAGAAGAGAUAAAGGCAAAUGGAGAAGUUCAACCAAUGGUAAAUGGAAACAAUCAAACAUUUGAAAAGACAGAAGUUGAUUUAAAGGAAAGUGUUGAAAAUAAGUCGGAGGAAAGCAGAUUAGACAUCAGUCAGGCUUCAAAUGAAAAAGGAGGUGAUUCUUCUUUGGAACAGAACUCAUGGCACAAUUCAGGGAAGAGUUCUGCUACAACUAUGAUGCAGUCCUGUAUUGAGUGUUACAAGAACUUCUUCCACACCUACAUUACACAGAAGAUCUUCCAGGAUCCCAGCAUCAUUACCACCUGUAUCAAUCAAAUGAAAACAUCGACGGAGCAUCUGUGGUCUUACAGAGACGAGGACGACCUUGGUCUGCCUGUCGACCAGCCAGAGGAUCAGGGUAGAAACAAGGGGCCAAUAAGGGCCGACCACCUACAGAAGGAGACCUUACACACGUUUGAUUGUGCUUGUCGACUUUUGUUGGAUUUCACCAGCUUUCCAAUCUUUUGUACCGAUUUCAACAAAAUGUUCCAGCGAUCUUUCAAUGCAGGUGAGAAUGUGACCCUUCCGAUGUGGCUACAGGACCUGAUUGCCUGUGGCUGUUUCGUUGAGAGCUUUGAGGUGCAGUCUGCAGCUAUAGCAACAAUGAUUGACCUGAUCAUUGUUGCUAAGACGAUCCAAUCAGACAGCGAGAACAAAGUUGAUAUAGGUCGGGAAAGGUCAAAGUCUGUCGGUGAAGGAUCCCCAGUCUCAGUUGUGAUUAUGCCUGCACUGUUACCCAUCCAUCUUAAAUACCUGGGAGAGAAAACUACGUUUUACAAGAGCGUGGCCAGUAUACUGUGGGGAUACCUGGACGAGGCAACGCCCACUCAUCACCAGCAAACCGUACAGCUAUUCCAUCACUUACACCAGGUGACCCCAGACAGCUGGGUAUGUGAGGAUGUGAUUGGUCAUGCCCUGGUGUCCGAGGAGGAGGUUGAGCGUAUUGGAGCAUUCAAGAAGUUAACUGUUCUCUGGCAUCUGACAAGGGACAGCCGCUUAGAUCCCAACCCUGGACAACCUCCUCGUACAUUUGACAGGUCAAUGCUGGUGCUGCUGGACAGUCUGAAGGAGGAAAUAAGUGCUACCAAGACCAUCGCCACGACCUGGCUUACCCACGUUAUACAACGGGGCGACAUCUGUCGUGUCCUCAAUCCUCUCCUGUCUAUGCUCCUCCACCCAGACACUGCUAGGAUUUCUGUUCAACACAUCAAUGUACACAAGCCCAAAAAAGUACCAAUGAGCGAGGAGGAAGACAUUCCAGGAAAUGAAUCUCAGAUUUAUGCUAUCAGUAGUGAAGGUGGUAACAUAAUCUACCAUGUUAACUCCGCUAGUAAGCCAAUGUUAGGUAAACGAGCAGAUGAUGUGAAAUCUUUUGCACUCACUUCUAUGGACAAACAAGGUUCUGCCACGACUGCUCAAACGAGGCACCAACAGGAGAUGCACUUUGAUCGUGUCCGUCCCAGCGAUCUCAGCCUCUGCAUCAAUCCGUUCGGCUCGGAGAGUAGUCUGGAUAAGUUAGAAUUUGAAGGGUACGAGACACCUACUCAACAAGUAAAUCUAAAUGGAGCAACACGGCUAAAUCGUGAGACUUGUGCUAAGGAAGGUAUAUUCUUUGAUACAAAUGAAACUGGGUCACAGAGCUCUACUGAAACAAGCUGUCAACAAGAGGAUAGCCCAUUGUUAGCUGGAUCUGAGACAGUGAUUAAUGACAUUCUGAUGGAAGUCUUGAACAAUGUUGUUCCUCCUUCUUUAGAGAGUUCUGUUCCCCUUGAACAAGAUGAUCCAGACGACAUUGAGGAUUAUAUUUUAGAGGAUUUGGAUAGUACUGUUCCAAAAGAGUUUGAAUCAAAAGGAGGAAAUCGAGCACGGUUAUCCAGCGUGUCAUCAAAGACUAGUAGUGUUAUAGAGGACCAAGACAUUCUAAACACUGUGGAUAAUAGCGGCAUGGAUAUAGACUCUCCCACAGAGAGUGAAGUAGAUUUAGCAACUUCCCAGCCCACAGUCAGCGGACGAGACAGAAAUUUCAGUGACGUUCACCCACUGCAUAUGCACAUGCUAUUAUACACACAGAAGUAUGACCACAAACGAACAUUAUAUGCUUUAACCACAUUGAAAUCCAUGCUGGUCACUUGUCCAAGACUUGUGGUCACUGCUUUGGUGACUACAAGUAUUAGUGCAACAAGAACAUCGCAACUAGCCAAACUGCAACUUUUAUUGGCUCGUCAUAGAAAAUCAGUGUUUGGAAAAAACUUUUUUGGGGAUCUUCCCCCAGAGGUCAUGUCAAGUUACCGUAGUAACAUGUACAUUGAAGUCAUCAUAUCUGUAUGUUUAUAUUUUGUGAGGAGCUACUUUCCAAACCUGAUGAUAAGCAAGCUGUCAAAUGGUGAGUUGCUAGGCAACAAAGAAGUCCACAUCCUGGCUACUGAAAUACUGACCCUUUUAAUGUCGGAGCUGAUAGUUAUUAUGAAAGAAAGUGGGAAAAGUUUUGUGUCCUACAUCAAAGAUCUCCUGGUGAGGUGUAAACUGCAAAAAGCCCUGCUGCACUGCUGUCUUGCCUCUGUCUAUAACUUAAGAAAGAAAGACAAAAAUGUUGCUGUUACGUCGAAAAUUACUGAAGUUAUCAUAAGAUUCAAUGAAGAAAAUCUAGACCUGUCUGUUAACGAGACAUUUCAGAUCCGUCUGCUCAACUUAAUGCUGGUUCUUAUCAUGUUGGAGGGCAGCAUUGACAAAAGCUUUUCCGAUUUGUCUGAGGCUUCAGCGACAGUCACUUCUUCAACUGAAUGGGAACGUCCUCGGGUAAACUUCCAGCAGUCAUUACUCCAUGCCAGGUUCAUGAGCUCCCUUCCCAUAGUGCAUCAGAGGAUGUUCCUGUCAUGUGUUCUCAGUGCCAUGAAACAGUCACACAAUCGCCAUAUGCACCGUCACUGGGUUGCUAUGGUGACUUCUAGCCUGCCAUUCAUGGGUAAAGCCCUGCCCAGUAUUGUGAUGAAUGUGGUGGCCCAGCUUUGUCGCAACAUUGAGGUAGUGGCUGCCAAGUAUGAGGACCACACUGGAAUAAGAGGUCAGGAGAAGAUGCCACCUGACCACUUACUGACCAUCAUAGAGGGGAUGACCACCAUCUGUCAUUACUGUCUGCUGGACAAUGCCUCCCCAGUGUCCAUUGGCCUGCCUGCUCCAACCAGCAUCAACAUCACUACAGAAACAGGCAGUAGAGGACAGAUCUUCACCAACCUCAUCAAUGUCUUCAACCCUAUAGGGAGUAGUAGGGAGACGAGUCCCCAGAGAGAGACCCCUCUGGUACCCAUUAUGGACGCACGCCGAAGUCUUCUCAGCAUCAUGCCACGCAUCAUUGCCUGUCUCACCUCACUCUGGAAGGCUGUCAAGUUCGCGGAGGAGCAAGUUGGAGAUGAGAGCAAAUUUCAUCCUACCUGGAUCAUGGGAACGCCAAAAGUGGUCCGCCAGAAGAUCCUGGAGUUUUUGAGUCCAAUUUCACUGCCCCAUGGAAGCAACUUGCUGGCUGCUGUUGGAGUGGCCUGGAAUGACCGUACACGGAAAAAUGGAAUCUCAUAUAAGAAGGGAUCUGUACCAGCCACAGAUGACCAGCUACUACUAGUGGACCUGGUCAGUGCCAUCAGAGUCCUGCCUAUAGACACUCUCGUUCAGACGGUCAAGCAGGUGUUAAAACAGCCUCCGCCAACCAACCUCAGUAGAACCAGGAAGAAUGUACCUCUGGAGGUGAAUAUGCUCCAGUUUUUCUAUGCCUAUGUACAACAGACAUCAGCCAGUCAGCUGGUCGAUUCCUGGAACUCACUGUGUUCCUUGCUGCGAGACAGUCUGCAGCUUAAUCUCCUACCUCCUGGAAAAUUCAUACUCUUACAAAUUCUGAAUGAGUUUGUCCAGAAGAUGCCAUCAUUGGAGAACAAGAAAAAUCAGAAGGAGUUACAGGACAUCACACAGAAGUUAUUGGAGGCUGUAGGACUAAUUGCAGGUUCCUCACUGGAGCAGACCACCUGGCUCCGGCGGAAUCUGGCGGUCAAGCCUGGCCCACAGACUGACCGCCCAGAGAUGGAUGAUGAGGAUGUUGGUGAUGAUGUUGAGAUGGAUUCUGAAGCAGCAGCUAGAGAGAGGCGAGUGGUGGACCCCAAACUGACCAGUGCUGUUGACUCGAAGUACAGUGUUCAAGCUUUGUCCAUCUUGGCUGAGCUGACGUCUCCUCUAUUAGAUGUGGUGUACAGUAGUGAAGAGAAGGAUAAAAUUGCUCCAUUCCUGACAACCAUCAUGUACAACGUCUUCCCUUACCUCCGUAACCAUACAUCCCACAAUCUGCCGAGCUACAGAGCCUGUUCUCAGAUCCUGGCGAGUGUGAGUGGGUACCAGUACACCAGGAAGGCGUGGCGUCGGGAGGCCCUGGAAAUGCUGCUCGACCCCGGGUUUUUCCAGAUGGACCUCAAGUGUAUAGGUUAUUGGAGGAGCAUCAUCGAUAAUCUGAUGAUGCACGACAAAACCACAUUCAAAGAUUUAAUGGGCCGUGUGACGGUGACUCAGUCUGGGUCUCUAAGUCUAUUUAGCAGUAAGGAGAUGGAACUAGAACAAAGGAGUCACAUGCUUAAACGACUGGCCUUCACCAUCUUCUGUAGCGAGCCUGACCAAUACCAGAAGUCUAUGCCAGAAAUCCAAGAGCGUUUGGCCGAGAGCUUGCGACUGCCCCACCAAGUGCCAUCCAUCAUGGCUCAGGUGUUUGUUUGUUUCCGUGUGCUGAUCCUACGGAUGUCUUCCCACCAUCUCACCUCACUCUGGCCGACGGUCAUUACAGAAAUGGUCCAUGUAUUCAUGCAGAUAGAGCAAGAACUGUCCAACGACACGGAGGAGUAUAACCACAACAACGUUAGCCAGCGCCCGCGGAGUAACACCCAGCCCUGGACAAGGACCCAGAUCCAGAGGAUUGCAGCUUUAGACUCAACAUGGGCUCACUUUGGUAACGGUCUUAAUGCGCACAACAACCCUUCCUGGCUCCAGCUGUAUCUCAGUGUAUGUAAGCUGCUGGACCUGGCUCUAGCACUUCCUGCAGGUGUUGUACCUCAGUUCCAGCUGUAUCGCUGGGCCUUCAUUGGUGGGGCGGCAGCUGGAAACCAGGAGGAGGACGAAAACAAGGAAAACAGCAAAGACGAGAAGAAAGGAAAGAGGAAAGUUCAUCAGGCUCGAACGUUUGUACCUCACAUCAUACGUCUCACCAAACUCAUCAACGAUAGGACACGAGGGGCACUGCCUGUCCUGAAGCAGAUCCCAGGCCGACCUUUACUGACACAAACUUACCUGAGGUCCCUGACAGAGCUACAGCCAUUCUUCAACACACUUUGUUGUAGCCAGAACGAGAGCAAGUUUGUCAUUUCAAGGCGCCAUGACAAUGCCAACAGAACUAACCAAUCAGGCAACAGCUCCAAACAACAUCACCAAACAGCAAGGUUAUCAACAAUGCCAAGGUCUAAAUCUACCAUAGAGAUUGGAAAGAGUGCAGGGGCUCUGUCCGACCCUCCACUUCUCUCAAACACCAAAAACUGCAGACAGUACAUAGAAGAAAUGCUGGAGAGGGAUUUCUUGGAACCACUUUCUGACACUUAAAGGAAAUUUGUUUUUGUGGAAUUGGUGUUUUCUGUCAAAGA